CCAAAUCCAUCGAACCAAACAUUUCCUUAUGCUUAGUGCUUAGUGUUCAUUUCCUUGUUACCAGAGAAAAAGAAUCAGCAUCACUCCAUCUCCUCCAUCCAUCCAUUAAUGGCAGAUUGGGCUGAACUCCCAAGAGAAAUCCUCCAACUUAUCUCCGAAUUCCUCCAAAGCGAAUUAUAUAUCAUUCGUUUCCGAUCCGUAUGUUCCACGUGGCGCUCUUCCAUCUCAAGCAACCUUCAUCUCUAUCGUCCUUUACAAUUACCAUUCCCAGGAGACUCCAUGAAGGUCUAUUCCUACGCCAACACCAAAUUCAAAACCAACUAUGACCUUUCUUAUCCUCUCUCCAAACCACCCCCAAUUCCAAAUCAUCCUCAAACCCUACAACACCCUUGGUUAAUCAAAAUCGGUCCUAACUCACGUGACCAAACUCACCUCUGGCACCCUUUCUCACGUGAAGCAUAUUUCCCUCUUCAUGCCCCUAACGUCAUCGACUUCAACCAACUCAACGUCACCCAUCUUGGACACGAAUUCGUCAUCGGUAAAAUCAUUUCCCGUUCUCCCAAUCAAAACUAUGUCAACAGGGACAAUCUCGUUCUCUAUCAUGACACGUGUCACAACGGCAAUGUUGUCCUCGCUAUUAAUUAUUGCGGUAAACUCGCUGUUUUCCGAUGUGGAGAGGAGCGCUGGAAGAUUAUUACUGAAACGGGGGUGGCUUUCACCGAUGUCUGUAUUUUCAAAGGCCGGACUAUUGCCGUUGAUACUACCGGCCGGACUGUCGCGGUCGGACCGGAUUUCAGUUUGGAUUUGGUGGCGGAGGCUGUGUUUGGUAGUGACUUUAAAUACUUCGUGGAGAGUGAUGGUGAAUUGUUGCUAAUUGAUAAGUAUUUGUCUUUCGAUUGGGAGGAUAGGUAUUCGGAGUAUAUUGAUAAUUUUGUAUUUGAUGGUAGAAAUCAUUUUUCUUUUAAGGUUGAAAUGGAGAAAGCUGUCAGAUUUGAUGUGUUUAGGCUUCAUGAGAAGGACAAAAAGUGGGUGGAGGUCACUGAUUUGGGGGAUAGGGUUUUGUUUUUGGGGGAUGGUUGUUCUUUUUCUGCUUCUGCUUCGGAUUUGGGUGUUAAUGGGAAUUGUGUUGUAUAUUGGGAUGAUAUUCAUCUAGAGCAUUCUUCCACGGAGAUUGAGAUGAGUAUUUUUCACUUGGAUAAACGUCAGAUCUCACCUUUGUCUGAUUUUCCGAGUUAUUCCAAGUUGUUCUGGCCACCUCCGGAAUGGGUCAGGAUGGUUCACAACUAGAAUGUGUCUGACAUUGAAAGGUUGUGAUUGUGAAGGAGUCCUUUGAUCCAGCUUUCGGCAAUACUGCAGAUGAUUGUGCCCAUAAUAAACUUUGGGGAAUGUUUCUGUUUUUAUUUUUUAUUUUAUUAUAUAUAUAUAUAGAUAUAAGGAACUUAAAUUGGAACAAUAUGGCUCAGACUCAGUCAAUUAAACCAUAUGUACUGUCUCCAUCAUUCUUGUUAGUGUAUCUGGUGGUCUCAUCACUGUAACCUAAUUCCUACAAGGGAAGUUAUCUUGCAAUUCUACUUGAAGCAGCUGUAGUACAACAUAACAGACUUUUUAUUUUAUAAUUUGUUGAGCUAUAGAUUAGGUGA